UUCCGACCCGACUUCACUGCCCCAUGUUCAGCGUUAAAGAAAACGGAACAGUCCCUUGGUACCAAUAACGUCACCGGAAGUGGUUCCCCGCCAUUUUCACGGCGAGAAGAUGCUGAAGAGGGUGUUGUUUGCCGGCUUCACUAGGAAGCCCGCCAGUGCUCUUGGUGUUUUUCAAUUCCAUCAACAGAGAGGAAUGCACAGUAGAAACAAGAAGGCUAUGGAGUUCGUAGCUAAAGGCUGGAGUGCUUUAAAGGAGGUUGAUAGAGUCAUCGAUUAUUGUGAGCUUAAUGAUAAGCGUCUUAUCCCUCUUCUCAGGACAGCCAAGGAGAAUUUUGAGCUGGCUUUGGAAGCUGAUAACAGUAAUAUCCAUGCCAGAUAUUGGCUGGCCAGAUUGCAUCUGAGAUACCACGUUCCGGGACAAAAUAAAGCUAUUGGAGCAGCUUUAUUGGUUGAAGCUGCAGAAAUGGGUGAUCCAGAUGCACAGUAUGAGUUGGGUUGUCGAUUAAGAGUUGAGAAUGAAUAUGUCCAAUCUGAUCAGAAAGCUUUUGAUUAUUUGGAAAAAGCUGUGGACCAGUUGCAUCCAGGUGCUCUUUAUCUUCUGGGAGCAGUAUAUUUGACAGGUGAUUGUGUCAAGAAAGAUAUUGCAUCAGCAUUACGGUGUUUCCAUAGGGCAUCACAGAAGGGCCAUGCUGGUGCAGCUAUAGCGUAUGGAUCUCUUCUCCUUAAAGGCGUCGAGGUCCCAGAGUCAUUGACUAAAUUCAGUCUGGAAAGAGGUACAGCUGCAAGAAGAGCAAACAAGAGUGCAGAAAGUGAUGCAGUGAAUCCAGUGGAGGUGGCAAAAGAAAAAUUCCAGAUAGCGGCAAAAACAGGAUGUGAUCUUGGAUUCAGAUGGCUUGAAAGGCUUGAAGAGGAAGAGAAACGGCUUCUCUCUGAAACACAAUCCCACUGAAUACCAAUAUUUGCUCUUGUUCUUCAAUGCCUCAUGACAUGGUUGGUUCUAUAUGGUAGCCUGGUGCUCCAAAUCAAAAAAGUUGCCCAUAUAAUCAUGUGCUUAGUUUCUUAUUCGAGGACUUGCUGAAGCUGAUGGCUAACCAGUGAUCAUGAAAUGGUGUUUCAUGUGUAUCCAGCAAUAAUUUGGAUGUUAAUAUAUUAACAUAUCUUUACCUCAUUAGCAGCAAAAGAACUAGGUAACUGAUGUUAUAUUUUCAAUUUGAGACGCCGACUGAUUUUUUUGGAGAUAUAUUGAGGCUCUGGCUAAUUAGAAUAAAGUUGGGAGGUGCAUGGGUGUUGUAUCCUUUUCUUUGAUCCUUGCUUUCAUGUGUUGUGUAUUGCUGAUUGAUAUUCCUUUUUGGUCAUAGGAGCUAGUUAGAGAAUUUAAUAUGAUGUUAAAUGUAAGAUUCCAAUUUCCUAUAUCUCUCAUUUAUUUAUUUUUUCCAAA